UUGUCGAGUGGACGCCGUACGGAACGGAAGUGCUUUUGGGACGCGACCUGCUCGAAGGAAUAAACCUAGUGUCGGUGUCGGUGGUGCAACAAGAGAGUGACUUGACCGGGUGGGAUCUUAUGAAGUGUUGCGCGAGAGAACCGUUACCAUGCUGCACGACAACCUGGAGUCGCGAAUCACGUUCGAAGUGCCCUCCUCGACGGCGGACUUUGACAAGCUGAUUCGGGACAACAACUACACGCUGUUUUGGCAGAAUCUGCACAGCACCGGGGAAUCCGGUCUUCGCAGUGGUGCAAGUGGUGCAAGUGAACUACUAGCAGGUCACAAGGACCGCAACGCAACGAGUGAUUACGGCCAGUUAAUGGGCAGUUUGAGGGGAUUUGCCGGUGAGCGGGGUGGCCCGUACGGAUGGGGACUUCCGGACGAGGUCGGGCUGGGGGUGGACGGUGCGGGGCCGCUCCUGGUGGAUCCCAGCUAUUUGUGGAUUGGCGCGGUCAUGGUGCUGCUCGUCCUGUCCGGGCUGUUUUGUGUGUGCUCGUGCUACCUGUACUACAAGUAUCGCCGGUGGCAGAAAUGUGUGUCCAUCACCAGUUGCCACCAGACGGCGCACGGCGGCACCCUGGUGGGUGACGUGGAGUCACCCCCACCGUAUGACCCCGAUACGACCACCACGGCGGCCACCCUGCCCUCGUACACCGUCGCUUCCGGUCUACCGAGCUACGAGGACGCCGUCGAGCACAUUUACCGCCAGCAGCAGCUUCAACGGCAGAACCCGCCUCCCGCGUCCGUCCACCCGCCGGCCACGGUCAAGUUCUUCGAGUCACGGCCCCAAAACUGGCUCGCCGUCACCAUCUUUGAGGAAAUCCACUACAACUUUGUGGGCCGGGGUGGGACGACGACGUCGCCGUCGACGGUGGUGUCGAUUCCCGAGAAGGUGGAGGACGAGUCCGAGGGUGACCUGCUGGGCACGUGGAGGCAGCAACAGCAGCAGCAGCACGAGGAGAAACCGCUGCGAUAAACGAAUUCUCCGAAGAGGAAGAUUUGAGGAGCAAACAUGGACUGUGUUAUUAUGCAUUAAUUUCAUAUUUUAAUUAGAGAUUGUGCGUGAAAAGAUGUGAGCGUGUGCGAGUCUGCGAUUAUUUAGGAUUGUGUAAAUAUUUUAGGAGUUUGGCGAAAAGUUACUCUUUUCCAUCAUCCCCCUUUCUUUUUAAGAUAUCAGAGAGUAAAUAUUUUAAAGGUUGAGUGCUACUACAAGAAAUAUAAAGUGUGCGAUGUGUACUUGAACCGUAGAUUUUAAAAGGAGACUGAAAAUAAAAGUAAAUAUAUAUUUUGGCAAAAAU